AUGGAGGCUCCACAGUCUCGGCCUUGGUCAGAUCUUCAGUCGGAACUCCUGGGCCUUAUCCUCAAGCGCCUCCCCGUCCUGGCUGAUCGUGUUCGUCUGAGAGCAGUAUGUCAACCAUGGCGCUCUAAUAGUUUGGAGCAGCACCUUCCCCUCCCAUUCCCAUGGCUCACUCUCCCCGAUGGCACCUUCCUCAACAUUCCUGGUGGUGAAAUUCACCGCAUGCCUAUACCAGAAGGCGCUUGUUGCCAAGGCUCCAUUGACAACUGGCUAUUUCUCACGCACAAUGAUGAUGUAUGCUCAUUGAUGAACCCUUUCUCCAAUACCACGCUGGAGCUUCCUAAGCUAGCCAGAGAAUGGAAGCGUGUGAUAGGUCCCUGCUCCAGAUUUAAGCCAAUUUUCUAUAAGUUGGUGGUGCCCUCACCGCUGGACUCAUCACCCAAUUCCUUGGUUGCUGCGCUAAUCAUGGAUGAUUCUAAUUGCCGCACACUUUGCAUUAGCCAGCCCCCAAUCGCCACUGACUCACUCAGAGGUGACAGGUAUCCAAUAACUAGACUUUCAGAUAUUGCAUUCUUUGAUGGAAAGUUGUACGCAUUGAGCGGAGUUGGCCAGCUUUUGAUAUUUGAGCUGGACGAUGACCUUGUUAUUUCAUCCUUCGAGAGCAUAAUUGACUCUUUGGGUGAUUUAAGUUUAGUUCCUCAACCCUUGGCCCCAGGGGAUCCAUUUACUAUAAGGGAGUAUCUAGUUGAAUGUGGUGGUAGACUGUUGAUGGUGACACGAUGGAUUCACCGGGUGAACAUUUCUGCAAGUGACGAUGGCUUUGAAGAUAAACGCACGGCUGCACUUGAGGUCUUUGAGGCAGAUUUGCAGAGCAGCCCCCGUCGUCGAUGGAGAAGGGUCCAUGAUUUGGGUGGCCAUGCACUCUUUCUUGGCCAACAUGGCUCCAAGUCCCUGCCCCCUGCAGAAUGCAGUGAAUACCAAGAGGAUUGCAUCUACUUCAUGUGUGACUAUCCCUUGCCGAGCUCUUCUGCAAAUCCUCUUCGCGACUCCGGUGUAUACAACGUCAGGAAUGGGAUGAUCACACCAUUGAUGUCAGAGACAGCAGCUGUGCCGCUAGAGCGUGUUGGGCAGUGGCGUCCGGCAUGGGUUUUCCCUUCGGCAGCUAUGUGA